CGCUACGUCUUACUCGAGCGUGGACCCUGAAACGCGGGGGUCCUCCAUAAGCUUCAGCCUCAACGCCUCGCCCCUACCUAUCCGCCUUCACAGCACUGCCUAUUACCAGACCUACCUUCUACGACCCCAGCAUAACCAACUCCCCCUCCACCAUCACCAUGACGAAGAAACCCUUCGACCCCUCCAGCCUCCAAGCCUUCGGCAACGCCGCAGCAGGCCACGAUGGCGUCCUCUCCGACGAAUCCGGCGCGGUAGUAGUUAAGCCCUGCACGAAAGCCGAAAUCGCCUUCUACGAAUCCGUCGCGCAAUCACACACAGACCUCGCCCCGCACCUCCCCACCUUCAUGGGCACGUUGUCGCUCAGUGCUGACCACACCGUGCCUCAUGCCGGCGACGCCGAUUCCGGAACCAUCGUGACAGCUAGCGGAGCAGUCGAGCGGCUGCACGGGAGAAAGUUGGAGACGGAGCUGCACAUCGUGCUCGAGAACGUGACGCACGGGUUCAAGAGACCCAACGUGCUGGACUUAAAGCUCGGCGCACAGCUAUGGGACGAAGACGCGAAGCCUGAGAAGCGCGCACGACUAGACGAAGUCAGCGUCGCGACGACAAGUGGCGGUCUCGGAUUCCGCAUCGCCGGCAUGCGGACGUGGAAGGGCGUGCCCACGCCGCCUAUUCCCGACGAUCUGAAAGAGUACAUAGAGGGCAACGGUGAUGGCGGCUUUUGGGUCUACAACAAGAUGUACGGGCGCAAGUUCAGCGCCGCAGACGUAGAAGAAGGCUUCGUCUCGUACGUUCUGCCGCAGUCCAAAUCGAAGCCCGAGCUCGAGCGCGCGCGCGAAAUCCUUGCAUACUUCCUGGGCGAGGUGAAGGAUAUAAUCAGCGUAUUUGAGAGUAAGGAGAGUAGGAUGUACUCUGCGAGUAUAUUGCUGGUGUAUGAGGGCGAUGUGGACGAGUAUGCGAGCACGAAGCAGAAGCUGAGGAGUGCGCCGGUGCCGGAGGAUGGCGAGGAUGAGGAGGAGGAUUUGCCCAAGUUGGCGGCGGUUAAGAUGAUUGAUUUCGCGCAUGCUACGUGGCAGCCUGGAAAGGGGCCGGAUGAGAAUGCGCUUAGGGGGAUGAGGAGUACGGCCGCGGUGUUGAAGGGGUUGUUGGAUAAGGCAGAGAAGGAUUUGGAGGCUACGGAGGAGGCGUGAGCGGCAAAUAGGUAGACAAGUUGGAUUUGUGGGAUUGGAUCUGGAUUGCGGUAGACAAGGUAGACCGCUAGAUACCCUCUAGUAUACAAAUCAUUGCC